CGCCCCGCCGUGGGCACCCAGGUGCGGCGGUGACCCGAGCCUUAGUUGCCCAGAGGAGCCUGUGCCGCUGGCUGUCAUGGCCGAGUCUCAGCUGGGCUGCCUGGACGAUGGGCACGUGAACGAGAAGGUGACGGAGGCACACGCUGCCUUCUACUACUGCGAGCGGCGGCGAGCCGCCCUGGAGGCGCUGCUGGUGGGUGGGGACAAGGCCUACCGGGACGUGGUGACCAAGGAACGGCUGCCCGACUUUCUGUCCGAGCCCGAGCGCCAAGUGCUCCGGGCCGACUGGACCCCCUACGAGGUGCAGCCGCCGAGCCAUGGCAAAGGCAAGACCAAGACCAAAGGCCAGACCUCCGCCCCCUCCCCGGCUUCACCUUCUGCCUCUCUGGCCUACUGGCCUGACCGCUCGGACACCGAGGUACCCCCGCUCGACCUGGGCUGGACAGACAAUGGCUACUACCGGGGCGUCGGUCGCAUCAACCUGUUCACCCACCCUCCCAAGGAGGAGAAGGCACCCCACCUCAAGGAGGUGGUCAGGGUGAUGAUCCAGCAAGCCCAGAAGGUCAUUGCAGUGGUCAUGGACCUUUUCACAGAUGGGGACAUCUUCCAGGACAUUGUCAAUGCUGCCUACAAGAGACGAGUCCCAGUAUAUAUAAUUCUGGAUGAGGCAGGCGUCAAAUUCUUUUUAGAAAUGUGUCGGACCUUGGAGCUCAAUGAUUUCCGAAUCCGGAACAUCCGAACCCGCUGUGUGACUGGUGUUGGGUUCUACACACCUACUGGAAAAGUCAAAGGAACUCUGUCCUCCCGAUUCCUAAUGGUAGAUGGUGACAAAGUAGCUACAGGGUCUUACAGAUUUACUUGGAAAUCUUCCCAUGUGGACAGAAAUCUGCUCCUGGUAUUGACAGGACAAUAUGCAGAGCCAUUUGAUGUUGAGUUCCGAGAACUUUACGCCAUCUCAGAGGAAGUGGACCUGUACCGGGAGCUGGGCCUGACAGGCCUCAAAUACUCUUCCACAGUGGCCCGUAAAAUGAUCAAUCCAAAGUAUGCCCUGGUAGUGGGCAGCCGACAACCCCCUGGGGAGAUGAUGCGCUGGGCAGCUCGUCAGAAGCAGGAGGCUGGAGGAGGCAAGGAUGAGCCAGAGGAGGGAGGCCGAGAAGGCUCCGAGUCUGCCCGGCGCCUUGACAGCUUUCUCCAUGACCUGGUCACACUGGAUCAGGUGCUGCCUAUGAUGGACCUUCCAUCCGUGGAAGGAUUGGACUGGAAAGGUGGCAAGGGGAGUGCCCCAGGGCGCCCAGAACCAAAGCUCAAGGGCAAAGAGCCUUCUGGCCGAGCCGGGAAGAGUGAGGCUACCAAUGGAGCACCCGUCCCCAGCAAAGAAGGCAGACGCCUGGGCACCAAGUUCAGCUGGAGAUCUAAGCGUGCUCCCACCAGUGGCAUGAUCAGCUCUCUCUCCAGUGAGACCUUCUCUGAAGGGGAGUUUGUGGUAGUAAGAAGGCCAGUCAUGGACCCAAGUUCCCAAAGCUCCAAUGGUGGUGUCCACAGCAAUGGCAACGUUUCAGGCAAAACAAGCCUUGGUUCUUCAAAGGUGAACAAGUGUGUGAUUUCCUGAAUCUGGACACUACCUUGCCUAGGACCCCCAACCCUAACCCCAGAUGUCUCUGGCUCCACUGACUCCCAAAAGUUGCCUUGGAAAAGGACUCUUGGAUAGACCCCUCUGGAGCUUGCAUAUUCACCCUGGUCAUCAGCCUUCUGCCUUAUAACCUUGGUCUUGACUAGCUUCCUGAAUGAUGACCAACAGAGUCCCAGACAAGUUCCUCUGCUGUACUGGAUGAGGGGUUUUUCACUAACAAAUCAUGUUUACACUUUGUGGGAGUGGGGAGAGAUACCCUUCCCUACCUUUGUGCCUCAAUUUGAUGGGAACCAAAGAAUCUUAUUAGCCUUGGUUGGUUUUUUUUUUCCCUCCAUAUUGCUGGUGAUUCUGGAUUACAAAGGUGAAAACUGGACAAAGGAACAAAGCACCUUCAUGGACAUAGCCUAGGAAGGUAACCUCUAUUAUGGUUCUAGUCAGAGGUCCUGUGUUCAAAUCCCACCUGCAUGACCUUGGGCAAGUUACUAUACCUCCAUAUUUCCUCUUUUAUAAAAUGAUGGAGAACACCAAGCUGCCUCAGUCAUUCACUUACAUGCCAGACUUUUAGCUUUGUUUCUUUUUUGGGGAAAUGCAAGUGGGACAGCCAUGGGAGAGAGAGUUUGAGUGGAGGUGGAGACCAAAUCUUCAGUGAGAGGUAAGCAAGGGGGAAGAAGACAUCUGGCCUGAACCCAGAAGGCACUUCUGCCACCCUGAGCAAUGAUGAGGAGAAAUGCAAAUGGGGACAUAGAAUAAGUUAGAUGGGGUGGCAAGAGGGAGAAGGAGAGAGGUUUCUAGAUGGUCUAGAAAAGCUGGAAUGGCCCAGAGAGAUCAGAUUCAUCCUGAAGGUUCUGAGUGAUAAGGUCUUAGAGGUCUCAAGGUGGGGCCUUGACCUAACUCCCCUGGGUUUGAAUUGUCCCAUUGGGUUAUACCCCAAUCUUGGGGAUUAAAUAUUUAAUUCCUCAUGUCCUAUGAGGACUGUUGGUUAGGGUGGCCAGAGGGAUGGAGCCCAUCUGAGGUAUCCUCUUGAAAAAGGCUACUGACAAGUGCCAGGAGAUGGGAGAUAGGGCUUUGCCUUGGCCCUAAUCCCUUGACCCAAUGGAAAUUAUUCCUCCUCAUUUGCCUAAUAUAUGUGCAUGUAAAAGCCUUUUAACAAAAAAGAAAAAGGGACUCAUUCCCAAGGGAGAGUGGUGGUAGACCCAUUUUUAGCCAUGAACACCAUAGCUGGAAUUUUCUCUGCUCAACUAGGCACCUCAGUAGAGUCCUGAAGAGAUGUGGUCCAGGAGAACCAAGAUUUAGAGGAGGAAAGAUUGGAAACUGAUGGGGUGUGUUUUACUUAGGGAGGAAGAGUCAGUAGGACUACCUGGGGAAGCUAAAGUAACUAGGGGGAAAGAGAAUAUAGUGACAGGAACUGAGGAGGGGACCCAUCUGUCCAACCUAAUAUGCAGCCCCUGCCAUACACACACAUCCCUGGCUCUGAUCUAUAUGUGAAUGUAUGCAUGUAUAUACAUAUAUUUACAUGUGUGUAUUAUUUGCAAAUAUAUUCUACAUUCAUAUAUACAUAUUGUGUAGGUAUAUAUAAAAUCUUCAGACCUGUGAUUUCAAGGAGAACUUCCAGAAUGGAAAUCUCCUCCACCUCUGCAGACUAAUCAUUAUUCUGUCCCUUAGAGACUUAAGAGAGUGGUCUGGGUCCCUGACAGGUUAAAUGCUUUGCCCACAGUGACAUAGCUCAUGUGUGCUAAUCUAAGGACUUUGGCUCAGGUCUUUCUAACUCUAAGUCAAGUUAUCUCUGCUUUAAAGCAUGUUCCCUCUGUUUCCUUGCACAUAAAAAUAAUGAUUGAAUUAACUGAAAAUGAGAACAGAUGGGGAACAAAGGAUAUGGAAUAUCAUACAUAUAUUGUUAAUAUAUUGGUUUUACUAAACUUUGAGGGUUUGGGGUAAUUUUUCUUUUUUAAAUCUUUGUUACAAGGGAAAGCUCAGAAGGAAGUGGGGAGGGAAAUGAAUGUGAAGUUUGAAAAAAGGUGUCAAUAAAAAUAAAUUUAAAAUAAA